AUGAAUUGCCAACAAGUGACAUUUUCAUUAUACCGGCGCACUAUCAAGUCCUCCAAUUUCCCCGCAAUCUCGAAAUCCACUAAACGAUUCAAAGGUUACAAAAGCAAGGAACCGCUGGUCCUCCCAAGAGUAGUAAUCGACCUCGACGCUCCUGAUAAUCCCGCCGUACGCGAUUACGAUGAAAUUAAAGACAAUGUCCUGACACCAUUCCAACAACAAGUUGUCAGAUCAACGGAAAAGGCCAAAACUAGACGUGCAAAACUAGUUCGAAAACAAUUGGAACUGGGAGUUGAGGGAUUUCCUCGCAAAGGGGGAAAAAAGAACCAAAGAAUCAGAGAUCAAUCUCUAGAACAUGAGUUAGCAUAUAAUCCAGAUGCUUCCCCGCCAACUGUCACAGCUAUGGAUCUUAUGACUUAUGCGCUAAUGGGGAAUCCAUUCAUGGCUAAGACUUCGAAGAAACCACCUCAUGUGAGGGAUGUACAUAUGGAGGGUCUAUUCGUGGCUCAUAGUAUCGAUUUCAAGGAUACAGCAAAUAUGACGAUUAGGGCUUUGACGGAGGACUUUGAUAUUUCGACGGAUGGGCAGGGCGGGGAGAAUGUGGAUACAGAAGGGAAUCGGGAAAUUGUGAGGAAACGGAAAGAAAGAAAUAAGAUGCUAGAAAUUGGCGAGGUAGGCACCGAGGGGCAGAAGGUUGAGACACAGUCUCAGGAAGUCAACUGGGGAUAG